AUGACGACGACGUCUCCCUACGUGUACCUGGUUCUUCUCCUUUCGGCGGCGAUCUCUGUUUGCUCGGCCGCGACCAAGUUCGGCGUGAUAGCUCCUACCUCGACAAUCUCACCCGCCACUUUCGUAGCCGAAGUCGUCUCACGGAAGAUAGAGGCCGUCAGGAUUCUGGACUCAAGUGAAGAUAUGAUCAAGGCGUUCGCUCAGACGAACGUUACGCUCUUACUCACCGUUCCCAACGAUCUGGUAUCUCUCUUUUCCUCCAAUCUCACUAUCGUACGAGGCUGGGUAGAGAAGAAGGUCGUGGCAUUUCACCGGCGAACAAAAAUUUCCCAAAUCUCCGUCGGAAUCGACGUUAUGUCGUCCAAUUUUCCGGAUGUUCCGCCUCUGAGUCUACUACCGGCGAUGGAGAAUCUUCAUCUGGCUCUUUCCGAGAUGGGGAUAAACUACAUAGGCGUCUCCGCGUCUUUUGCGUUCUUCCACUCUAUCCCGGCGGAAUUGGGAGAAGUGAAAGGAGAAGAGAUUCGCGUUAUCGUCAAACCAAUCUUGCGAUUUCGUGGCUGGCCAUGCACGGCAGGUGUCAACGACAGUGAAGUAGAUCAGGCGGCACUGCUGUACAGUCGGUCCUACGUCAAAGGUCUAAUUGACCACUUAAGAGGCGGCGGCAGAGAUACUGCCAUGAGUAAAAACACUGUUUCCGAAGUGUAUGUCUCCGAUGGAGUUUGGGAUAUACUGGACCAGCCUCCGACGGCCGAGGACAUCGCUUUAAUCAUAGAAGCCGUUUCGUAUUCAGCAAUUUUGGUCGUGCUUUUUGCUGUGGACUUCAUUGCGAUUGCUUGCUGUAUCAUCUAUGUGUGGAAUCAGAGGAGGAUGCGGAACUUCAGGAGAGACCACCCUCCACCGAGAAGGCCAGUAUCCAAGCCAUACCCUGUGCUCAAAAGGCCAAGAUUCCGAGUUUAA